AUGACCAUGUCCGACCGUCAACAUCUCCUCGCCGUCUUUCUCUCCGAUCCUCAGUUUUGGGAUCCAGAAGAGCUGGCAAGUUGGCAACAGGUUCACGAGUGGAGUGUCGGCGAAGACGACGUUUCUCUCGGAUAUGCAGGUUUCUUGCUUGCCCGGCGGAUCUUGCAUGGCAUCCAUGACAUUUAUAUCGAUUUCGCACACUCCCCCGCCCACUUGCACCGCCUGCUUCAGGCCUGGAACGUAUUCGCCCACAUCUCCCAGCUUGUCAAUCACUCUCAAUCCUCGCGCAUACUCCGAGCGGGCGUCUUCUUUACGUCAAUUUGUCAGGCCGAUAUCGAGGAAAUGGUCCCACUCGACUGCAUGGAACUGUACGACAUCCUAUUGACCGGAUAUUCCCUUGCGACCCGGGAAGAGCGGGCGGUGGUGGCGAACAAUACGGCUUUGGAUUGGGGCGGCUUCCUCAUGAGCUCCAUCCUCAGUAUUGACAGGAUCGAUGGAGGAACGAUGUGGGCAAACUGGAGCACUGUCUUGAACCCGGCCCAGAUGUGGUUUCUGAUGGGAUGGGAUAGUCGAUCGCUUUGCGGAUGUCAUGGGACAAUUCGGGCGGUGAUUGGGGAACCCGUGCGGUCUAUCAUCAGUCAGCUCUCUCAUGGCUCGCUCAACCUCGAGCGAGUAUCUCGUGGAAGGGAAGCGCUGUCAGCCUGUGGCACCACCUCUCAAUCGACAUCGCUGCACCAAGACGUCACCGCACCGGUAUGGAACUCCAGCGCAAUACCGGCCGGUAUAAGAAGCAAACCGUGCUGCGGUCCGGUCAUUUCGCAGCCGGACUCACGAUCCUCCGAGUUGAUCCUGAUGCACCGAGUGCAUCGGUCGUCACCCCUCAAUAUCGUGACGGUCUUGUCCUUGGGAAGGUGGUCUAGGAGGUAUUGUUCCUCUUUGGAAAUUGUUCGGGAGUACAUUUCAAGAGUCGAUUGGCGUCAAGUUGAUCCAAUAUGCGAAUCGAGCUUCUCGGCGGUUCAUGCCAUGCGAUUCUCCCCGAUGGCCCCGAUCGUUGUCACCCCCGAUAAAACACUGGCGAUCACCUCUCACCGGCAUCUUCUUGUUCUUGAACAGUAG